AUGGCCACUGGAAGUGCUGGGAUGGCCAGUGUAAGUGCUGGGAUGGCCACUGGAAGUGCUGGGGUGGCCAGUGUAAGUGCUGGAGUGACCACUGGAAGUGCUGGAGUAGCCGCUAGACCCGCUAGAGUGACCGCUGGAGUGGCCGCUGGAGUGGGCACUGGAUCCAUCACCAGAAGCACCGAUAGAACCAUCGCCAGAACCACCGCUAGAGUGACCGCUGGAGUGACCGCUGGAUCCAUCACCAGAAGCACCGAUAGAACCAUCGCCAGAACCACCGCUAGAGUGACCGCUGGAGUGACCGCUGGAUCCAUCACCAGAAGCACCGAUAGAACCAUCGCCAGAACCACCGCUAGAGUGACCGCUGGAGUGACCGCUGGAGUGACCGCUGGAGUGACCGCUGGAGUAGCCACUGGAGUGGCCGCUGGAUCCAUCACCAGAAGCACCAAUGGAACCAUCGCCAGAAGCACCGAUAGAACCAUCACCAGAAGCACCGAUAGAACCAUCACCAGAGCCACCGGUGGAACCAUCGCCGGAACCACCGGCGGAACCAUCACCAGAAGCACCGAUAGAACCAUCACCAGAGCCACCGGCGGAACCAUCACCAGAAGCACCGAUAGAACCAUCACCAGAAGCACCGCCAGCACUAACAUCAGCAGCAGUACCAACACCGGCACCACUACCGGGAUCGACACCAGCACCAGCGCCAGCGCCAGAACCAGCACCACCGGCAACAUCAGCACCAACGCCGGGAUCAACGCCAGCACCGGAACCAGCACCAGCAGAAACAUCAGCACCAAGACCGGGAUCGACACCAGCGCCAGCGCCAGCACCAGAACCAGCACCACCGGCAAUAUCGGCACCAACACCAGCAUCAGCGCCAGCACCAGAGCCAGCACCACCGGCAACAUCAGCACCAACGCCGGGAUCAACGCCAGCACCGGAACCAGCACCAGCAGAAACAUCAGCACCAAGACCGGGAUCGACACCAGCUCCAGCGCCAGCACCAGAACCAGCGCCACCGGAACCAGCACCAGCAGAAACAUCAGCACCAAGACCGGGAUCGACACCAGCUCCAGCGCCAGCACCAGAACCAGCGCCACCGGCAAUAUCGGUACCAACACCAGCAUCAGCGCCAGCUCCAGAGCCAGCACCACCGGCAACGUCAGCACCAACGCCGGGAUCAACGCCAGCACCGGAACCAGCACCAGCAGAAACAUCAGCACCAAGACCGGGAUCGACACCAGCGCCAGCGCCAGCACCAGAUCCAGCGCCACCGGCAAUAUCGGCACCAACACCAGCAUCAGCGCCAGCACCAGAGCCAGCACCAGAGCCAGCACCACCGGCAACAUCAGCACCAACGCCGGGAUCAACGCCAGCACCGGAACCAGCACCAGCAGAAACAUCAGCACCAAGACCGGGAUCGACACCAGCGCCAGCGCCAGCACCAGAACCAGCACCAUCGGCAACAUCGGCACCAACACCAGCAUCAGCGCCAGCUCCAGAGCCAGCACCACCGGCAACAUCAGCACCAAUACCGGGGUCUACACCAGCCCCAGCACCAGCUCCAGCAGAAACAUCAGCACCAAGACCGGGAUCGACACCAGCUCCAGAACCAGCACCACCGGCAAUAUCGGCACCAACGCCGGGAUCAACGCCAGCACCGGAACCAGCACCAGCAGAAACAUCAGCACCAAGACCGGGAUCGACACCAGCUCCAGAACCAGCACCACCGGCAACAUCGGCACCAACGCCGGGAUCAACGCCAGCACCGGAACCAGCACCAGCAGAAACAUCAGCACCAAGACCGGGAUCGACGCCAGCUCCAGAACCAGCACCACCGGCAAUAUCGGCACCAACACCAGCAUCAGCACCAGCUCCAGAGCCAGCACCACCGGCAACAUCAGCACCAGCGCCGGGAUCAACACCAGCACCGGAACCAGCACCAGCAGAAACAUCAGCACCAAGACCGGGAUCGACACCAGCUCCAGAGCCAGCACUACCGGCAACAUCAGCACCAACGCCGGGAUCGACACCAGCUCCAGAGCCAGCACCACCGGCAACAUCAGCACCAAUACCGGGCCAGCACCACCGGCAAUAUCGGCACCAACACCAGCAUCAGCGCCAGCUCCAGAACCAGCACCACCGGCAACAUCGGCACCAACGCCGGGAUCAACGCCAGCACCGGAACCAGCACCAGCAGAAACAUCAGCACCAAGACCGGGAUCGAUACCAGCUCCAGAACCAGCACCACCGGCAACAUCAGCACCAACGCCGGGAUCAACGCCAGCACCGGAACCAGCACCACCGGCAACAUCAGCACCGACACCGGGAUCGACACCAGCAUCAGCGCCAGCAUCAGAACCAGCACCACCGGCAACAUCAGCACCGACACCGGGAUCGACACCAGCACCAGAACCAGCUCCAGAACCAGCGCCACCGGCAACAUCAGCACCGACACCGGGAUCGACACCAGCACCAGAACCAGCACCAGCGCCAGCAUCAGCACCAGCACCGACACUGGAGCCACUACCGGGAUCAACACCAGCACCAGCACUUAAACCAGUACCAGUACCAGUACCAGAACCAGAACCAGAACCAGAACCAGAACCAGAACCAGAACCAGAACCAGAACCAGAACCAGAACCAGAACCAGCACUAGCACCAACGCCAGUACCAGCACCAGAGCCAGAACCGGCACCAACAUCAGCACCAGCACCGACACCGGAACCGCUACCGGGAUCGACGCCAGCACCAGCAGUAGAAACUCCGCUGGAGCCUCCACCGGAACCACUACCAGGAUCGACACCACCACCACCACUACCACCACUAGCACUGGCACCAACGCCAGAACUAGCACCAACAGCAGUACCAGGAUCAGCACUAACAUCGGCACCAGCACCAGCACCAGCACCAACACCACCACCAGAACCAGAACCACUGCCGGAGCCUCCACCGGAACCACUACCGGGAUCAACACCAGCAGCAGCCCCAGCACCAGAAGCAGCAGCAGACCCAGAUCCAGAAGCAGAGGCAGACCCAGAUCCAGCAGCAGACGCAGACCCAGAUCCAGCAGCAGACGCAGACCCAGAUCCAGCAGCAGACGCAGACCCAGAUCCAGCAGCAGACGCAGACCCAGAUCCAGCAGCAGACGCAGACCCAGAUCCAGCACCAGAGGCAGACGCAGAGCCAGAGCCAGAACCAGAGGCAGAGCUAGAACCUGAUCCUGAACCCGCACUGGAACUUCCACUGGAUUUCGUGCCACUGGACAAAGUACUGGACAGACCGAUAGAUCCAUUCAGCCCAGCACUAGCCUGA